AUGCCGCCGGCUGAUGAUGAGAAUGGCCGUGAAGUCGGGGCCGUCGGGGACCCUCUGACGGGUGGCGUGGUGGCACAGCCCAGCAAGGGGCAACCGUGUGCAGAGUGUGGAAUCGUCAAGAAGAGGAAGCAGAUGCUUGUGUCCGACUCGGACGAACAUGGGGGCAUGAAGAUCUGCGUGGAUUGCAUGGCGGAGCUAAAGUUAAAAGCAGGGGAAGACGUUGACAUGGACGAGCUGAAGAAGGAGGCGAGGUGGCAAGCCCAGUCCGCCAACGCCGGAUUGCGCGUGGCAGCGUACCAGGAGGCCAUCAAAGCGGUACAAAGGAUGAAUCUUCCGAGUACGCAAAGGAAGAGGCAAAAGGCGCUCGUGUUCGCAAGCAGGUUGGCCAAGGCCAUCCAGGAUGGCAAGCUUUGGGAGGCCUUCAGCCGGGCAAACCAGCGCAUGAAAGCAGCGGUGGCAAUUCAUGAGAAGAUCCAGGAGAUGGAGAAGGCCCUCGAGAAGUUGCGCCCGGGCGAUGAGGAAGAGGAGGCGUAUGACUACCAAGUGUUCAAGGACCACCCUGAGCAGGACCGCAUGGUCAAGGCAAUGGACUAUGACGACCGAAUGGAAGUGAAUGAAGAUGGUGAAUGGUCCAUGGCGCUUUUCUACAUGUGCCGUGCCAAGUGUGGCGACGGCAAGACAUGCGGCCUCUACCGGGCAGGGAAGCUUUGGGACAAGCAAGGGUCCCGGUGGUAUUGCCGGCAGCACAAACCCAACUGGGAAAAGUACUACCCGGACAUCCCCUUCCCCGCUGAGUUGGGUUGUGGCGCACGGUUCGUCCCUUGGAAGAGGGGAGAAUCUAUGGUGCUGGAGUUCCCUGGGCCAGAGAAUUCAACACUGGCAAUGAUGGCCGACCUGAUGCCGGAGAUCCUCGACGACGAGGUCAAGAAGAACAAGACGGCGUGGUAUGAGGGGCUCAACAACAUGAGCCCGCAGCAACUUUACGACCUUGUGCCGGUCAUUGUCCCGAAGGUCUACGCCAUUGAAGGAUGCCCGCAGAUUGGGCGCUUCCCUGUUGACGAACACAUCAACAAAAAAGAGCCGAAGCUCACUACUGCAGGCUGGUGGCGCCUCGCCCGCUACAUCAGCGAGAAGGACGGCAACCUAAACACGAUCCUGGAUCUCUGCGACAAGCACGACCCCGGAGGCAAACGAAGCCAGGCAUCGACCACGGGGUCCAGUGCCGCUAGCACCCGGAUAAAGCUUUGGCUGAAAUCCAAGGAUCCCCCGUGUCACAGCCUGUUGACUGCCUUGCUUGAGGAAUCAGAAGCGAAGUCCAAGCGAACCAGUUCCAACUGUCCCAUCCCUCGGCGAGCCGGGGCCUUGUGGCACAGUGUUAUGAGCGCCCAAGCGGAAGGGCCUGCGCUAACCGCAAACGGGGUGGAUCCCGAUGUGGCAAGAGGCUCCGGGGACCCGGGACUACCUGUUCGUGAUGAACAACCAGAUGGACAAAGGGCCGGGCAGCCAACCGGCGAGCAGGGCACUACGGGUGGCGAUGCGGAAAGUGUGUCUGCAGGCGCGAGAGCGCCCGGAGUGCGAAGCUCGGAGCAGCUACCUACAGCGAGUGGAGGACCGCAGGGGAACGAAUCGCAUCUGCAGCAGGGGAGACCAACAAGGAGCUCUACGACUGUGGACGUGGACGGACGCCCGGGUCCGGGUGACUACGCUGGGUGGCCGCAUGGGGCUGCCGGUUCCGCGGAGUUUACAACGCCGAGAUCAACGGCGUCUGUGAUGGCCCAGCAACCAAGCUGGAUGACAGGACUGGAAAUGCCAAGGACCUACCUUCAGGCUGAGAUCGCCGGUGAGGUCUAUGAGGCCUCUACCGCCUCCUACACCACCGAGCUCGCGAGCAUGCAAGGGCCCGGGGAGUAUGUGAAGCAGCUGAGCUACGCCAGGGUGAACCCGGUCAAGUACCUCUCGGUGAACCUGCUCAGCUACCAAGGGAGCCAGACGCCACCACCGCCGAGGAUUGCGUCGGGUUCACCCCCCGAAUCGCCAAUGAUGGAUGCUCUUCUUCGUGGAGUACAACAGCUUCAGGAGUUGCAAGCAGCGGCGUUAGCAAAGGGCCAGUCCAGUUCACCUGAGAUCUUGAAGCCAGGAACCUCAACGCUGACACCCCUACCCGAACUCAGCCAAGGAGCGGAGGCGGCGUUGCAGUUCCAGGACUGGCUGGAGGUGACCUCGGCAGCGAUGAGUGACGUGAGUGACCAGAGCGCUGCAUGGUGGAGAGAGGUGGUUCGCACUGUGGAUGAGGCGUACCAGAAAUGGUUAGCAUCUACACCUCUCGAAAGACUGGGUGUUCAACCUGGGGGACAGGAGCUGUCUGAGACAAAGUGGACCCGGCUCAACGCACGAGUUACUACGAUGCUGUUGUCCGCGAUGUCCCCUGAACAACGUACCGACAUGAUUUCUCACAGGAUGUCUACAAGUACGGUGAGGAUGCUGUUCAGGUUACACACGCUGUAUGAGCCGGGCGGGAGUAAUGAGCGCCAGGACCUACUGCGGCGUCUUCAGGCUCCGCUCGACUUUGUGGCAGGUGAUACAAUGGAAGGUGUUCUACGAGUACUGCGAGCAUGGCCGAGGUGGAUGAGUCGGUGCUUGGCGGUGCGGAUGGCACCCCCGGACGCAUCGGUGCUGGCGCGGGGCUUGAAGCUUCUUACGGCUAAGUACAUCGAAGGUGCUCCGGACUCGAACUUCCGAACCAGUAUGUUGCGUACAAGUUUGCGCUUGGAUGGGCAACCGACUAUGGAGAAUGUCCACGCCUACCAGAAGCACCUCCAGGCGGAGAUCGAGACCCUCCUUGCAAGCCAACCAAGGACGGCGGCAGCUAUGUCAGGAGAGCAGCCGCGGCUACGUGCUCUGGACAAACCGGAGUCCCCCAAGGGCAAGGGCAAGGAUAAGGACCGCGAGAAGGGCACGGGCGUGGACCUUUGUCGAUACUUUCUGAAGCCCCAAGGCUGCAAACGAGGGGCCAAGUGCAACUACAGCCACAACAUGAGCUCCUUGGAACGCGAGGUCAGGAACCGAAAGUGUCUGAGCUGUGGAGCCGAGAGCCAUAGGCAGAAAGACUGCCCCAUUGGAUCGGCCAAUCACACCUGCUAUGUCAACGAUGUCUACUACAGCGACUGCGGGCUCCACCGAUUCCUCUUCGCCCUCUUCCACGAUACAGGGGACGGCGUGGGUUCGGGAUAUCCGGAUUUCAGCGAUGAGUUCUUCAUCGUCGGCCUUGCUGGACUCGGGUGUUUCCUGCAGACUGGUGAUGGAGAGCAGAUCCCGUUGUCCAUCAACUCGGGUUGCCCGCACUUGUGCGAGGCCGAAGCCCUUUCAAUCAUAUCUCGCUUGGAGGACAAGAACCGCGAGAACCUCUUGAACGCCACGGUUACAACCAUGGACCGGUUGGCGUUGGCGGCCCUACGAAUGGACCGAACUUGGCAGGAGCACCUACAGACCUAUGCGGGGACCGGCGAUAUGGAAGAAGGCUACAGAGGCCUACGAGACGCAGGGUUUCUACACGGGCUUCCAGGAGAAUGUCUUGAUGGUCUCCUAAUUCCGGGAGUACGAGACGAUGGAUGGAAGGUGUUUAAGGGUGUGGACUUUUUGACGAGGCCACAGAAGCGUUAUCUUUGGUCUGCCCGAAAAUGGGUGGUCCACCUUUACGCGGGUGACCCAGGACACUACCAGAUGUUCCAGCUCGACCAGGGCAACACUGCUGUGCUGGAGUUGGAUGUUUCAAGAUGCAAGGGCCACAACGUGAUGAACGAAUCUACGUGGAAGCUUCUGCUGUGGGGCGCCCUCACGGGACGGCUAGAUGCGAUCGUUGGAGGACCACCAGGCCGCUCUGGAAUGUGGAACCCCAAGGGAGAGCUACUGACGGGGAAGACCAGAUCGCUCACGGCGGUCGUCCGGAUGAUGUGGCUCUACGCGGUCGCCCGGGCGGCACGAAGCUCAGGAGGGAACGUCCUGAACAAGGAAAGGCCGGUAGCCUUUGUGAUGGAGCAUCCUACGGCGAACCGCGGUGGCGGGACUUCGUUAUGGGAGUCGACGAUGUGGCGGGAGUUUCAGCAGGAGAUGGGCAUGACUGAGGUGUCCUUCAAUCAGGAAGCAACUGGAGGAGCCAAUUCCCCCACAACGAUUGGAACCAACGUCUACUACCUACUGGGCUUGAACGGCUUGGGAGGAAGGGACGCUCCCCCGAGCACCGAGCAGGAUGGCAAGAUGUUGGCUGCGUGGUCUCCCGGUCUUGUGAGAGCAAUGGUAACGGCUUUGAGGUUUUGGGACAGAAGACCAGUGAUGCCACCUACGGUGGCAGCGAUGUCAGCAGAGCAGUGGAAGAAGCAUGUCCAGUCGAACCACGCGGAGUACCACCGCGAUUGUCUUACCUGCGUUAUGUCGAGGGGGACGGGACGGAGGCAUGCGAGAGUGAGGUCGCCAGAUAUGUUCAACCUCACCGUCGAUGUGGCUGGCCCAGUGAAACCGGGCUUGGAUGUUUCGUCGAAGGGAACAAUGGGGAAGGGCCUACGUUACAUGUUGGUCGGUCGCUAUGUUCUCCCCACCGAGUAUGUCAAGGGUUUUACGGGUCGCGAACCUCCUGAAGACCAUGGUUUGAGUAUGGCUACGACAUGUGAUGCAGAGGGCAACGGCAACGACAAAGAACCCACAGGACCUUCUACACCACUACCACAAGAAGAGGGGGAACGUGAUCUACAACAAGGUGAUGAGGAGGGCAACGGCAACAACAAAGAACCCGCAGGUGAGCAGAGUCCUUUGGUCGUAUGUGACGAUGACCCAGGUGAGCAGAGUCCGUUUCCGGAGUUGUUCGAGCAGCUUGAGCGGAACCAUGAGGCGUUUGUGGGUGGAACCAAGGUUCAACGUGAUGGAUACGUCGACUACGAGGACUCCGAGUAUGAGCCAUCAGUUGUACAAGGAGAAGUCCAGGAGAAGGAGGAGCUGGAUCAGGGGCCAGAUCGGACGAAGAGAGUGUUUCCUGAUUGUGAGGAGCCAGAGUCAACCUACUUGUUGUUUGCGAGGCCGUUACCGAACAAUGGCACGCAAGCGAUUAAGGGGGCAAUCCAGGACAUCAUCCUCUACCUACACUCGCGAGGACUUCCUGUUUAUCGCCUACAUUCGGACAAGGGCGAGACCUACAACCACUCAGUCCGACCAUACACGGACACUACUUGCCGCUGCACGGCUACCAACGCGGUUGUGGCCGUCGGCAGCGGAGGCGGCAACAGCGCUUCAGCGAUCACGAGUUCUUGGAUGGAGGCUUUCGACUCGGCCGGACCGUUAAGGAGGGAGCAAGCAUUCGAGUCCAAGUGGGUCAAGGAGCACGCUGCCGAGUUGAAAAAGGCGCGCAAGUCGCGGAAACUUGCAGAGAACGAAGAGCGGUUUCUCGCUGAGUACGAGGCUCUGAAAAAGGCUGGUGUGUUUCAGGCGCCGCUGGUGCCUGGCGCGAAAGCCAAGAGCGCGUCGCAGAGCGCGGUGAAACACGGUGCAUCAGCUGCAGAGGACUCCUCGUACGAGUAUUACUCCUCGGGCGAGGAGGUGGAAGAGAAAGGCGCGCCUGUUACGGCGGCGAAGCAGGUGGCCAGAGACAGAGAGGUGGAGGCGCGCCGGAAGCAGGCGCCCAGGGGGGCGAAGACCGAAGAGGAGGAGGAUGAAGGGGAAGAGGAGCGCCGUCCCCGGCGGGAGGAGGAUCGGCUGCAGCGCCUGCGGCGGGAGUUCGAGCACGAGGCAGAGCGCCAAAGGCGGCACGAGCGCGAGUCGCGCGAGGAGUGGGAACGCUUUCGCGAGCGGAUGGAGGAGGAUGCGCGCGCUCGUCGCGUGGAAAUGGAAGAGCAGCUGCGCGAACACGAAGAGCGGAUGCGCGAUCUUCGCGAGACACACAGGCGCAGGCAGCGCGAGGACAUGGAUGAGGAGGAAGAGCGGCGCCGUGCACGGCGGGAGGAGCGGCGCGAGGACAGGCGCGGGGACAGGCGCCCCCUUGAUCGAGAAGAGCGCCCAACGAGGCGAGAAGAGCGCCCAGCGGGGCGGGAGGAGCUCCCAACAGGACGGGAGGAGCGCCCAACGGGGCGGGAGGAGCGCCCAACGUGGCGGAAUGUCCUUUUUCCAGCUUCCUCGUGUGAGGCAUGGGGGCGAGCGCAGCGCUCCGCGGACAAUGCUGGUGCGUCGGAUCGCAGAGGCGGCAAGAGCGGCAAAGGGCGCGGUCAUCGCGAGAGCUACGUUGGCCGUGAGGUGGAUCUACAAGUUGGUCAGCCACUGGACAAGAACCGUGGCGGAGGCGCAACAAAAGUCGCUGUGUUGCUGGCCACGUACGAGCGCGCUGGUGUCGCGAGGGAGCUCAAGGAGCUGGCUGAGCGGUUUUCGGAUGAACUCGCUGCACGCGUGGAGCCCGUCAAGGCCAACAGCUGGAGCGACAAGCUCAGGCGCCUCUGCACGGCGAUUGGUCACAGCCAGGCGCGCGAGAUUCGCGAUAUGGCUGAGGAGUACAAGCACGCUCCUCCUGUCAAGGCUGCCAUGCAGAAUCGUCAGUGGCAGAGCUACCGGGAGCGCGGUUACCGCGACUGA